UAGUACUCAUAAAUUCAUAGAUAGCGAAUGCAAGUCUUUGUAGGAUUGAUUUUUGGAACUUCCUUGUAGGUUACCUUUUGAGGCUAAAUUCAUUAAUGACAAAAAAAAAGGAUGAAUCUCAUCUCCUAGGAACCCUUGGGAGACCAGAAUUGACUGCAGAGUUACCUUCUAAUAUGAGUGUUGAGUCCCGGACGUGUAAAGUGUAAAAGAAACUUCAUGGCCGGCCGAUGAUGGGCUUCGUCUAAUCACGUCCGUAAAUCACGGGUGGUGAAAGAUGGCAGAGACAGAGGCCGCCGAUAUUCAACCACUCGUCUGUGACAAUGGAACCGGAAUGGUCAAGGCUGGGUUUGCUGGAGAUGAUGCCCCAAGAGCAGUGUUCCCCAGCAUCGUGGGCCGUCCGCGCCACACGGGAGUGAUGGUGGGGAUGGGCCAGAAGGAUGCAUACGUCGGAGACGAAGCGCAGUCGAAGCGGGGCAUUCUCACCCUCAAGUACCCAAUAGAGCACGGGAUAGUGAGCAACUGGGACGACAUGGAGAAGAUUUGGCACCACACCUUUUACAACGAGCUCCGUGUCGCUCCCGAGGAGCACCCUGUCCUCCUCACCGAAGCCCCUCUCAACCCCAAGGCUAACCGCGAGAAGAUGACCCAAAUCAUGUUUGAGAGCUUCAACUCCCCCGCUAUGUAUGUUGCCAUUCAGGCCGUUCUUUCCCUCUACGCUAGUGGCCGCACCACCGGCAUUGUAUUGGAUUCUGGGGAUGGCGUGAGUCACACCGUCCCCAUAUAUGAAGGCUAUGCCCUUCCCCACGCCAUCCUGCGUCUGGAUUUGGCAGGACGCGACCUGACAGAUCAUUUGAUGAAAAUCCUGACGGAGCGCGGGUACACUUUCACCACCACGGCGGAGCGGGAAAUCGUGAGGGACAUGAAAGAGAAGCUGGCCUACAUAGCCCUUGACUACGAGCAGGAGUUGGAGACCUCCAAAACAAGCUCUGCCGUCGAAAAGAGCUACGAGCUGCCCGACGGGCAGGUCAUCACUGUGGGGGCGGAGCGCUUCCGGUGCCCGGAGGUCCUCUUCCAGCCGUCCAUCGUGGGGAUGGAGGCUGCCGGGAUCCACGAAACCACGUACAACUCUAUAAUGAAAUGCGACGUUGAUAUCAGGAAGGACCUUUACGGAAACAUUGUGCUCAGCGGCGGCUCCACCAUGUUCCCGGGGAUCGCGGAUAGGAUGAGCAAGGAGAUCACGGCAUUGGCCCCAAGUAGCAUGAAGAUCAAGGUGGUGGCGCCACCGGAGAGGAAAUACAGUGUCUGGAUCGGAGGGUCUAUAUUGGCUUCCCUCAGCACUUUCCAGCAGAUGUGGAUUUCCAAGGCAGAGUAUGAUGAGUCAGGCCCCUCCAUUGUCCACAGAAAGUGCUUCUAAUUUUUUCUAAAGGACACUGUUCAUGAGUGCUGCAGAGUGCCAUCUUAUAUAUUUUUUUCUCCUACAAUUCUACCUUUGUUUUCUGCCAUUUCUGGUUUUGAGUGUUCCAAUUCUUUUAUUAUUUUCUUCUUCUUAUCAAUCUUUGAUUGUUCAACUGUUAUAUGUUUCUUCCCAUAUCUCAUUCAUGUAAUGAUCGAUCUAUUUCUGUUGUAUACGAAGUUUCAAGUGUUAUUCAGCAUGUUUCAAUCAAAUCAACUUUUGGUAUGUAG